CGUUACGACAAACAUUUUUGGUCCAGCUUGCUUCGCUAGCGUUUCGAGCUUCGUUUCACUUUCAGUACUAUGCCAGGUUUGUUUUUUCUACAAACCUUGAACAGCUCCGUCACUCAGACUUCUCUCGCCCAGUAUAAUGAGAGGCCUAGUUCAUAGUGAUAUUUGUGGAAAGAGUUCCAUGUGAACAGCAGUUGAUGCCCUCGAUAGGAGUGUGUUUCCACAGCGACUGAUGCUCGUCCACUACAAAGAAUGGCUGAGGUACACGUGAUUGGUCAGAUUAUCGGAGGGAGUGGGUUCCCUAGCCACUGUUUGUUCUGCAAAUGGGGAAUACAUGCAGGCGGCGCAUGGAAGGUCAUCGCUGGUGCUCGAGAAGGACAGACUCAGGUUGAUUUGCCACAGAAUGAAGCAUUCGCUGCCUGGAGUCAUCCCAUCGAUAUACACUUUGCGACCAAGGGCCUUCAAGGAUGGCCCAAGUUGAAGUUUGAGGUCUACCAUCAGGACGAAUUUGGCCGUAACGAGCUGUAUGGCUACGGCUUCUGCCACCUGCCUACCUCUCCAGGCACCCAUAACAUCGAGUGCGUAACCUGGCGGCCGGCAGGCACCGCCCGAGAACAGAUCGCCCAGUUCUUCAUCGGUGGGGCACCCCAGCUGCGUAACCCAGACAUGGUGCACAGCGCCGAACGCUACGCCCUGAGCACCACGGCGAUGGGAAAGAUCCACCUGCAGCUGGGUCUCAUUUUCCGGAACUUUGACCGGUACGGGGUGGAGUGCUGAACUCGCUGAUGGACCAUGGCUUUCAUGUUGGAUAGGAGAGGUGCUAGACUUUUGAAGUACUUAAGGACGUGUUGUUUGACUGUACCGGAAAACGGGGCAACAGUACACACGGGCUCUUCAUCUGAUCCACAGAAUGAUCUUUCAUCUUUCUAGAUACACGUAAUCAAUUUUGUAUUGAGAGAGAUGCUUCUUUCAUGUGUGAAAAAUUUUCAGAGUAGUGAUGAGACAUCUUUGAUUUUCGUAAUUGGAGGAGCUGGAGAUAUCUUUCAGCGAUAUUUAGGAAAGAGAAUGUAAACUUAGAAUGGAUUAACUUCAGUUAGCAAGUUAUGAUAAAUAAUACAUGUGCCAGGAAACCUGCCCAAAAAUCUUCAAAAGUUGACAUACAUCUGAACAAAGAAACACAUGCACAGAUCUGUAUUCGUGAUGGUUUGGUGUGGAGUUUUUUUAAUCAGGAAACUCUUUUAUGUUUGACAUUUCCUUGACAAAAAUAGAAUUUACAAACACUGACACUUUUCCCCAAGAUUCCACAAAUUCAAAAGGUUGUCGAAGUUGCAACAGCAACGGUAUAUUGUGAUGUUGCAAAUGGAUUGAUCAUUGUUGUGAAAAUAGCCACAAUGUUGUGAACAAAAAUUACCAUCCUGCGAAAGAUUGUAUGGCCCAUGUAAGGUGUCCACAAAGCAAUGCCAAAAUGAUAGCUGCCAUAUUGUAAUUUCAUUGGAAAACUUUCGGAUCGAUCGCAUGAAGAGUUGGUAAAUCUUGCAAAUAAUGCAGUAAUAUACAGGCAUUGAGCAUAAAAAGACAUUUUAGAAAAAACUUGUGUUUUCCACGUGUAUUUGUAAAUAAAACCUCAGAUAAUUCACUUUCUCGGGUACAUAAAAAUUCUCUUCGUGAUUAUAACUGGGGGCAGUUUUAAGCCAUGUUGUCGAGACAAACAGAAGGGAGAGCCUCCUUUUAUUUUCUGGACUUGGGCACGAAAUUCACAUUGCUCCGAAACACGAUUUUUGGUACCCUCUUUGGGCCUCUGUUGGCUUCUGUUGCUUUGCAUUGCUACAAACUUUUGUCUGCAAAGUUAUGUGCUUACAAAUUUCAUGAAAUUUAGUCCUUAAUCCAGGUUAGUUCCAGUGAUAUAGUGUGUUUUUUGGUUCCAAGAAAUCUGUGACUCGAAAUUUGGAUCCCUGUGUAUAAUCUUUUUCCCCCAGCCUUUGAAGUCCGGCCCUAGGUCUGUUGGUUGUCACUGCUCUGUGCGCUAAAUCAUGCGUAGUACGGUCAGUGUGGAGUCCAUUUGAAUGGGUAUAUAUGAAUUUGUACCACACUGGAAAUGAUUUCUUUAACUGGUCUCAUAUAUAUAUGAAUGUGUGAAGUAACUGAAGUGUGCUGGUGAAAACCCGGAGAAGGAAAGAGUUCUUUAUGUGCGUUGAACACCACUAGUGAUCGAAAUACUCAGUACAGAGGAUAAUGCCUUGUAAAUAUAGAUUUCCCCGGACAUUUUUUGAAAUAAGUAUGAAACUUUUUUUUGUGAACGAAGCAUUAAUUUUCGUGGGAAAUAGAAUGAAUGUUCAAAAUCCUUGUAUUCAACAUUUCCAUAAAGGUGUGUUCAGAAGAAAGAAUCGGCGUACGAUGUCCCAAAUAUUCACUAAAUCUAGUGUAUACAUGUAUACACAUGUUCUGACGGUUUCAUUUGAGCACGAAAUCGCUGGCACAUCCUGUGCUCCUUUUCAUAAACGUGCAGCUUGUCUCACGCAUGCGCAGUGGUAAUGAACGUUUGCCUGGUCGAGUAUUGAAUUCAUUUGUGUUAACAAACGUAACAUAUUCACGAGGAAUAUUCAUGGUGACUGAACUAAACUAAGUGGUGUAGUCUUUUAGAACAUGAUACCAGGUAUCGUUAUAAAGUCUGCAUUAAAACUUACAAGCUUUUUUGCUUUGUAUUUGGCACAAUCGCUUCACGAGUGUCACAGUUGACAUAUCUUCCGAAAUGUCUUUGUAAGGUCAUUGACGGAUUAGACAAUCGCAAUGAUAUCAGGUGAGAGAGACCUCCAGGAAACACAGAAGGAGGAUGAAAUUUAACGAAGACAAUAUAAAUCCCGGAUAAUCCUUGCAGCAUGACACGUGAUGUUUCUCUUGACCAUCCUACAAUAAAAUAAAAAUCGAAUGUCUUUGAAUUGGAUGACAUUGCAUAAAGACGCAUAUACCUCGAACGGAAAGCCUAAUCCCGUAUUUGUAAUCCCUUUCAUUUCCAUAAAAGGUGUGUUCAGAUGAAAGAAACACGUUGUGCACAUUCAUUUAUUUGAAUGAUGCAACGUGGUAUCAAAUGCUAUUUUUUUGCGAAGAUGAAACCAGGAUAUACAAAUUGAAUUUAUGUUUACCAUUCAAAGUGCAGAUUUCCCAAUAUUGUCCCGAAACGCCUAUAAUACAAUUAAAUGUGAAGGUAAACUUUGAA